AAUGACCAUCCCCAAAAGGAACCAAGAGUUGCUAGUCACACCUCUGGAAGGAGCAGCUCCCCAAUGGCAGAGGAAAGAAUUCCGGGGGGCUUAGCUUGUAGGGGCAGCUGGGGAGAUGGAUUCCAGCCGCCAGAGCCCCUGCUGGCUCCCACUUCCCUCCUUUCCUUGAGAGCGAUGCUGGCUUUUCACAUGGAUCCUCAAGGCUGACUGCUGGUGUUUGGUCUAGAAAAGCGGACAAGUCAGCCAUAGUCUAGUUCCACCCUGCCUCUCCUUACUUAGCUUCUCUCCUAAUAUGAGGAACCCCUUAUUUUCUUAAGUAUGAAAGGGGUGAAAUUGAAGUACUAUUUACAGAGGGCUGCACAAGCAUUAAGGUAUUUUAGGUUAAAAGUACAACAUUUAAACUUUCCUCUGGCAUCCAUAUUAUUUUAAACUUUGGAAUGCUUUCUCAUUUUUAAGUUCUAGAGGCCUAACCAUAGUCCAUAAGGAGAAAUGAGUUACUUUAUGUACUCUUAUACAGAACAUUUCCAACUUAAAAAAGUACAUAUUUGAAUGACAGGAUCAUAACUUUAGAGCUGAAAGGGAUGUUAGAGGCCAUUGAGCUCACCUCCCUCAUUUUACAGAUUGACAAAAUGAGGCAGAGAAGGCCAGGUCCCAUAGUUAGUACCUAAGGCUGAUUUGAAUUUCUGUUCUCAACUUGAAAGCUCUUGAAGAUGCCAGCAUCCUUAGUUGCUUGGAUGUUAGAACAUUAAAAUUUUCAGGCUAAUUCUGAGAGAAAGGUUACUUAACUCACAUUAGGAUGGAAAUACAAUAUACUUAUAAUGAAAAAUUUCAGAAAGCAAUAUGGUUGAAAUUCUAGUAACUAAAUAAAAAAAGAAUAAAUUUCAUGACAGCUUCUUUUGAUGACUGAAAUUUGAAGACAAAUAGAUUAAUUUAGAGGAAGACAAAGAAGGCGUUAAUUUCAAGUAUUUGGCACUAUUUAAAAAAUAAACUUUCAGAAUUUAUUUUUCUUUAAUAGUUGUAUCAUUAAUAAUAUUUUAGCUUAGCCAUGACUAAGAUUUUUUCCUACUUCAGUGAUAGAAAAGAGAGGGGACCUCAGAAAGUCCUUAGAAGAUGCUUGUGGGAAAGUGAUUGGCUAAGAUAUAGGGAACCUUAGAGCUUAUCUAGUUCAGCUCAUUUAUUUUAUGAUAAGAAAAUAGAGAUUCUUGAAAAUUAAAAGAUUGACCCAAACAAGGUCAUAUAACUAGUUAAUUAACAAAACAAGGAUUACUGGGUUCAAGCUUCUGGAGGACAGGGUUGUGUCAAACAUUUCUAGGACCUCCUGUUAAUGCAUUAUGUGUAGAGUAUUCAGUAAAUAACUGGUCACCAGGCCUCUAGGACUCUGCUUGUUCCUCGAAGCGCUGCUCUAUCCACCUUGUAAGCAGUUAGAGAGAAAAAGGGAAGCGCAUGAUAGGUCUAUUUUUCACCUCCAUUCCCCAUAAGGGAAGAGAAACUUCUUAGGAAGAGCCAUGAAGUCAGAUUCUUUCUGGUUCUGGCAGUUCUGUGACUGCCUCUAUCGAGCCUCCUAGCUUGUGGGUGAUGAGGGCUUUUAGAUAAGAGAGGAGACUUUCUUUGCUUGGCCCCAGAAAAGAGAGCUAAGAGCAGUGGGUGGAGUUUACAAAAAUAACAGAUUUAGUUCUGUGUAAGAAAUGACUUCCCCCAGUUUGAGCUGGCCUGACCGGGCAUAGGAUAGGCCUCCUCAGCAGGUGGCGUGUUCCCUCUUAGUGGAGGUCUUCAAGCAAAGGCUGGGUGACUACUUGUCAGUUGGAAUGUUAAAGAAAUUCACCAGGCUGCUGACUAUCUCAAAGUGGAGGAGGUGGUCACUAAGUGUAAGAUAAAGAUGGAAGAUUUUGCUUUUCUUGCUAAUCCCUCUUCUACAGAGAUAUCUAGUAUUACUGGCAACAUUGAGCUGAACCAACAGACUUGUCUCCUUACUCUUCGAGAUUUUAACAACAGGGAGAAAUCAGAAACUUCUGUUGAUUUGGUUCAGGCACAUGCUAAGAAGGUGCCUUUAGAAAAGAAAUCUCCUCAAACCAAAAAGAAGAAGAAGACAACUUUUAGUUCCCAGAAAAAUGUGCAGAAUAAGCCAGUACAAUAUUCCAGUGACCUGUUAGAGAAUUCUUCUGUUGACAUGUUUCUAGAUCUAAAUAAAUUGCCUUCACCAGUAACAGAACAAAUUGCACAGGGAAAUGAUACCUCAGAACUCCAGCUAACUUCAGUUGUGGGAGAUGAUAGUUUUACAACACAAGAUAUCAUUUUGCAAACGGUCACAGUAAAACAGAAACGGGGAAAAUCACAGCCAAACUGUGCUUUGAAAGAGCACUGUAUGUCUAACAUAGCUAGUGUUCCGAACACUUACCAGCUGGAGGCCUCUGGAGAAGACCUAGAUCAGAGGUACCCGAAGACCAAGCCCAUGUGUAACACUUGUGGGAAAGUGUUUUCAGAAGCCAGCAGCCUAAGGCGACACAUGCGAAUCCACAAAGGGGUAAAGCCCUAUGUCUGCCAACUGUGUGGAAAAGCAUUUACCCAGUGUAACCAGCUGAAAACGCAUGUCAGAACUCACACAGGUGAGAAGCCAUAUAGAUGUGAACUCUGUGACAAAGGGUUUGCUCAAAAAUGCCAGCUGGUUUUUCAUAGUCGCAUGCAUCAUGGUGAAGAGAAGCCCUAUAAAUGUGAUGUAUGCAAUUUACAAUUUGCAACUUCUAGUAAUCUCAAGAUUCAUGGAAGGAAGCAUAGUGGAGAAAAGCCAUAUGUAUGUGACAGGUGCGGACAAAGGUUUGCUCAGGCCAGCACGCUGACUUACCAUGUUCGUCGGCACACCGGAGAAAAGCCUUACGUGUGUGAUACGUGUGGGAAGGCAUUUGCAGUGUCUAGCUCCCUCAUAACUCACUCUCGAAAACAUACAGGUGAAAAACCAUACAUAUGUGGUAUUUGUGGGAAAAGUUUUAUUUCCUCAGGAGAGCUCAACAAACACUUUCGAUCCCAUACAGGGGAAAGACCAUUUAUCUGUGAAUUAUGUGGAAAUUCCUAUACUGAUAUAAAAAAUUUAAAGAAGCACAAAACAAAAGUCCAUUCUGGAUCUGAAAAAACUCUAGAUUCCAACAUGGGAGAUAACACUUUUAAUGAACAAGAUUCCAUGCAGAAAAGUCCUUUGUCAGAACCUUUAGAUGUGAAACCUUCUGAUAUGACUUUACCAUUAACUCUUCCCCUUGGAACGGAGAACCACCAGAUGCUGUUGCCUGUAACAGAUAAUCAGUCUCCAUCAUCAGACACAUUGUUGAGAUCAACUGUAAAUGGGUAUUCAGAACCACAGUUUAUUUUUUUGCAGCAGUUAUAUUGACUUUAUAAGCAAUAUGGAAUUAGCGAAAUAGCUCUGGUAGUGAACAUAGACCUCUCUGGCAAGGUGAACAUACUCAUUAAAUGUCAUUUGGGUUGUGAUCAUUUUUCAUUCAGCUAAGUAAAGGCACCUGAUCCUGCGUCUUCACUGUGCAAUGCUUUCUGUGUUUCGUUUUGUUUUGUUUUGUUUGCUUCAGAAGUUAAGAGUACGGGCACACCAUUUUUGGAGAAUGAAUCAUAGCAUAAUGGUAUUUUAAAAAGAGGGAAAAAACCAUUGUCAUCAGUAGUUGUCCUGAAGACUACAUUUUUGUAUUUUUAGACUCCCCAUCCUUAAUUUCUUUGAUAGAAUUGAUCACUUCACUAAAUGAAAUACCACCCUCCUAAUUUUCAUUUUUUCUAUUAUUCAAAAGGAUAAAAUGAUGAGUUCUAGACUUCAUCUAGAAUUAAGAAUUCAUGUUUCUGGCCAGAAAAAUCUAAAGACCAAAUUAGAAUUUUUUUUUUCUUCUCUAAUACUACUCAUGCCAGUUUGGGGCAAGCAAUCCUUUAAUAAAAUGCAAGGAAAAAGUAUAAUUAAGCAUUGUAAAGCUCUAUUCCACCCCCUUUCUCCAACACUGCUUUUUCAAUAUUCUUUUAAAAAUAAUCUAUCAAUAGAUGUUUAAUGCCUUUAUUAUUGGAUCAAAAAGCAGUUUCAAAAUUUGACCUUCAUUGAUAAAAGCUUUGGAAAAAUUACUGAGUGCACUUUUGGCAAGGAAAGUACAGGCUGAAUUUAUUAUGGCAGAAUUUUUUAAAAGAAAUAUUAACUUUGUCUAUUUUGUGCCUAUUAUGUACACAUCUUUAAGAUUGAAAUUUAAUCCUGACAGUGAAAAAAACAAAAACUUUAAGUUUAAAACAAACUGCAAGCAACUGCUGAAACUUGGUACCAGGUACCAUCUAUAUAAAAUACUAAGAUGCCAGAUUUCAAUAUUAGAAGGAAAAUAGAUUUUAAAAGCCUACUUUUUUAGAACUACAAAUGUAUAAAUCUUCACCAAUAUGACUUCUUUCCCUUUUUAGUGUUCUCCAUCUUCUCUAAACCAUGGCAAUAAGUUGUUUUGGUAGCUUUACAAAAGUUCUUAUCAACAUGAAUUAGGCACAAGCUGAGAUUAUUUUCAUAUUUAUUUACCACUAAAUCACUCCUGUCCCGAUUCUCGUCACCAAAAUGGCUUUUUGUGGUGUGUUGGUUUCUUUUUAAACCAUUCUCUACUGUUUGAUUAAUAGGAGUUCAAGUUCCAUGAAGGCAUUUUGUGUACUGCUGAUUAAAUGCCUUGACUCGUCAUUUCUGCCAAGUAAGCAAUAGUCACAGGUUUUUCUUUUCUUAAGCUACUUCUGUAAUAAAUCUAAUGCAUUUUCUAUUUGUCUUGAAUUCCCAAUUAUAGUCUUUUCUACUUGGUGCACAGGUCGAGGUAAAACCUUGUAUGUACUAUAUCAUAUUAUAUAGUAUAGAAAAUCUUUGUAACAGCUGUGAGAACAUCACUGACCUCGCCACACCCUUUAAUUAAUGACCUGGUGGACUGAAUAGUGGGUUUGAAAUAUUACUUUUAUUUGGGGGAGGGCACAAGUAACUUUAUUGUAACAAAUUAAAGGCAGCAUUUGAGUACAAAAGAAAUUAAUUAGUGGACUAGAAACAUACAUUUUUGUUGAUCAGAUAUAUUGAUUACUAUAAAUUUCCUAAGUAUAUUUCAGAACAAAAUGUAAAGUGACUACUAAUCCAUUCAGAUUUAAAUUGAUCAGGAUUUUAGUGGAGUAUAAAGAAAAUAUAACAGUCAAAUAAAUCCCAUUCCUGUAAGAUAAUACCAAAAAGUGACAGGGAUUUCUAAAAUCAUCAUUAAGUCAAACAUCUCAUUAAGAAAUUGCUUGUUUCUAAACUGCUACUCUGCUGUCAUCGCAUUCUAGGUUAUCUUCUUAGAGUAAUCAUGAGCCCUCAUCAGGGCCUUGGCAUGAUGCAAUUUGGGUUUUGUUCUGUGCUUCCCCCACCCCUUCCCCAAGUGCUGGCUAGUUGCUCUGUUAUAUCUUUUUGAUCACAUAUCAUUUGCUUUAUAAUUUAAUAUUUCAUAUUUAUAAGUCAUCCUAAAUAAUUAAACUACUGCCUGAGUCUGUUCUUACCUGCUUUCCCAAAACAGCAAUAUAAAGAGAACAUAAAAUCCUGCACCUCCUUGGGAAUGUUCUUUUACUAGUUGGAUUUUUUUAUGAUAUGCCUCUGCUUUUCUUAUUGCUGAUGCUGUUUAGUAUUUAUAUGAUGCCAGCCUUACAAGAAACUCUGUGUCACCCACAUUGAAACUAUUUUAAAUGUCUUCUUUUAUAUCACUUUAUGGGUUCUUUGGGCAAACUGGCAAUUCUAUAACUGAAAAGUCCAUUGUAAAAGACAUGACCCUGGAAUUUGACAUACGGCUUUUUGUAGCUCAACCUACUUCAGUCAUUUAUUGUUUUUUUUUUCUAACCAAAUCUAUGUUUCAAUUUGUGUACUCAUUUAAUAAGUUGUUUCUUGGCAGACUUUGUCUAUCUAAAAGAAAACAUUUUAACCUAUGUGUCAGAUCAUACAGUUAAAGGUUAUGGUAAGUUCAUCUUUUAACUGUUAAAUUAAAUAGAUCUUCAAUGUGCUAUUGUGGGAAGAGAUUACUUGUUCUUUUAAAAUGAAUUUGUUAUUUACAUUGAAUUACUGAAUUAAUUCUGAAGAGCACACUGAGAGGUGGAAUGUACUUUCUAUGUGAAUUUGUUUUGUACUUGUAAUAUUAGAUUAUUUCUACUGUAUUCUUAGAUUUCCAACUAAAAAGCUUAGAUUUAUAUAUCAGUCAUUUUAGAUGUUUGUAAAUAGCAUUUGUUGGUGUUCUUUAUUUACAGAUUAUUUUUAAUACUGAUUUUAGAAAAUUAUUUUAAACCUUUUCAGAGUCUGAUAUAGUUCUAUUGCAGCAAUAAUUAAAUAGUAUAUCCUACAAAUAUGCUGUUUUCAGAAUUCAUGGAAAUGACUACACUUGAUAAUACUUAACUGUUACAUGAAAUUAAUGUCAUAUAUACUGACUUUUUAAGCAUUGUUCUUCCACAUUUCUUGUCACUUAAGCAGUAAGAGAUGUUUUCAUGUAAACUUUGCACCUACUUCUAAGAGAUUUUUACAUGUUUCUGGAUGUUGGCUGGAAAUAUGUUGUGGCAGAAAGACAUGUUUUACAUGAUUUUAAAAAAUAAUUUUCAAACUUCACUAAAAUUAGGCACUGUAAGAGGUUCUUUUUUCUUUUUCUUGAGUAAUUCUUCAUAUCCACUUUUAUUUAGGAGAGUUAAUUGAAAGAGUUUAGAAAAUACCAGAAAAUUUAUGGUAUAAACAAGGCACUUUUCUAAAACUAUAGAACAGUAGUGAAAUUUUUUGUUAACUUAAAGAACAAAGGACAUUACAUAACCAAAUUUUUCUAAUAAUAGGUAAUCUGCUUUUGAAUAUCAGAUAAAUAUGAAUUCAUACUCUAUUGCCUAUAGAGUCACUCCUUUGAAUAUACUACUUGGUGAAUUUUUGGAAUGAUCUAUUUUAUAACUUCUAUCUGACAGUUUUUGAUCCCAAGGUAGGGCACAACAUUUAAUUUCUAAUGGAUGGUCAGAAUUGGAACAUAAGAAAGUCAUGAGAGUCCUUUAAUAACCACAUGGUUCGCCACUCUGUGAUAUGGCUGUUUUGUAUUUAGCCACACAAUUGAAAGUGAAGUGAUCAACUUUAGGAAAGAAAUGUACAGAUGUGUGACUCUAAUCCCUGAACCAGUCAUAUUCUCUGAGGGAGCAAGUAGUCAGUCCCACCUUCCUUUAACAUUUAGCUUUAAAUACAGACUAACAAUUUCAAUUGAAAUAGAAAUUCACUGAAUUUAGGGAAAACUAUCUGGCAGUUGGGCUGUGCCAGUGAGUGCCCACAGGACUUUGAAAAAGGAUCAAAGUGGUUGAGUCAAUCUAGUCUUUUUUUUUUUUUCCGAACCUUACCUUCUGUCUUAGAAUUGUUACUGGGUAUUGGUUCCAAGGCAGAAGAGUGGUAAGGACUAGGCAGUUGGAUUAAGUGAUUUGUGCAGGGUGGCACAGCUAGGAAGUAUCCGGGGCCAGAUUUUAAUCCAGGACCUCCUAUCUCCAGGCCUGGUUUUCAACUCACUGAGCCAUUUAUCUGCCCUGAGUCAAUCUAGUCUUGAGAGCAGUGAGUCCAUGGAAAGAAUUCAGUGGAAGAACAACCCAAGAUGGAUUAAAAGCAGAGAUAAUCGAUUUGGUUUAUCUGUCCUAUGGGGAAUUGAGUUCCCUCCCCCAACACUUGCCUUGUGACUUUGUGGUAACACAAAAGCUUCAUAAAGUUGAAGAAUUGCAAUUUAAGCAAUAAUAAAUUUCCUUUUUAAGUGCUGCAUCGUGGACAAUGUGAUCCAGUCGGUGUCUGAUUUUUUGGGAUAUAGCUAUAUUUGAUUCUAUAAAUUAAUGGAAAUGAUGCAUUGAAGUCCCCAUUGAUCUAAAGUGAAGAGUGAAAAGUGUUUUACUAUAUGUGGGGUAAGAAAGAAGUCAGAGGAUUAUUGCAUAUCUUACAUACUUUUUCUUUUUUUUUCAGAAACAAAAAUGCUACCAACUUUACAUAAAUUAUGACUCCCACCUCAAUCACUUACUAGCUUGUAAGAACAAAUCAAUUAAUUUUUCUGAGUUCCAUUUCCUGUGGAAGAAGAUGAGAUGGUACCGUUUAUUUCCUAAGCCUAUUAUGAGGAAAAUCGAGAAGGGUAUUUAGUAUAAUAAAGAGUUCUAAUCUGAGAGCCAGAGGAUUUGAGCCUUGCCACUUAGGAGUUGGGUGGCCUUAGAACAGUCACUGAAUUUCUUUAGACCUCAGUUUCCUUGUCUGCAAAGCCAAGAGGUCAGCCUGGAUGGCUUAGUCUCUUCCAGCCCAAAAUCUAUGAUCCUUUGUGUGCCAUGGUACUUGGCAAACUUUAAAGCAUAAUAGGAUGCUUUCUAGUAAUAUGAAUUUUUGGUACGAUAUAUAGGAAUGAGGAUAUUUGCUUGUAUUUAUAUCAAACUAAAGUUUAUAAAGCAAUUUGUAUAUGUUACCUCGUUUGUGUCAGUAAUCUUUGAAAUUGGUAGUUAUUAUCUCCAUUUUGCCUAUGAGGAAACUGAGUCUUGAGUGGUUAAUUGAAUUGUUCAUGGUUAGUAAGUGCUAAAAGUGGGGUUUGAGCUCAAAGUUCAGGUCAAUUUACCUUUGCAUAUUUAGGUAAAUUACAUUUAUGAAAAAGGAUACCUGACUUUUUCUGGAAAAGAACAGCAUAGUUUCUGUUACUAGUGUUUAUUGAUUGUUUAAUUCUUAUUGGCAAGUGUACCAAUGUGUUUAAAUUAACUUCAUAUUAAAAUUCAGUUCAGCGUUGAUACAUA